UGCGCAUUCGAAUGACGCACAUUGUGUGCGCCUGACGGUAGUGAGCGCGCGGUAAACGGUUUCCGAAGUUCCUCGCGUCUCGUCGUUUCUGAAUGCGCUUCUGUCUCUUGUAAACAGUCCGCCGCGACAGUAUGUUCACUCCCCGCGGCACACCGAGCUCAGGCCGCAGACAGGCGCCCAGGACCGGCGCUCGGAAGAGCGGGCUGCUGUUCUCUCCACGCCGCUCCGCUGUCACAGCCAGAUCCACUCCCACCCGGGUUCAGAGUCAUGCAGCUGUCGAGUCAUAUAAUUUUGACGUUCAGACUUUCGGAUCAUCUCUGCCUGUCAAAGUCAUGGAGGCGCUGACCAUGGCCGACGUGGAUGAUCAGAUCUCUGUGAAGGUGGAGGCGUCCGGCUGGGCCUGGAUGGUUUGUGGAGAACGACUGAUCAUCUGGAAAGUGUCUCAGACGUCUGUGGCAAAGCUGUCGGUGUGUAAAGACCUCCAGCUGCCCUCCAGUGAGUUUGCGUACAGCGCUGAUCUCAUCUCCAUCACUUCCUCCAGUCCACUCGAUUCUGCACCCACUCAGGCUAUCAGUGCAUUGGCCGUGUCUCCAGAUGGUUCGGCUCGGUUUUGGCCCAGUCUGGCUCAUGACGGGACCUACACUGAGACGUCUCUGGAUCUGGGCGGACAUGUGUGCAACUACGUCGCAGCAGUAAAGGGCGGGAGUUUCAUCGUGUCAUCGUACCGCGGUCACCUGCUCCGGCUCGCUCCGGACUCCUCCGGUAAACUGCACCAGAGACCGGUUCAGCAGGGUCAGGGGAUGCUGUCUGGCAUCGGACGCAGGGUUUCCAGCCUGUUCGGCAUCCGCGGCCAGCCGGCCGACCUCACGGUGUUCAGUGUGCUCUGGGUGAAGGAGACCGGCUGUCUGUACUCUCUCAGCUCGUGUGGCCUCAGUAAAUGGGAGGUGGAUGAGAACAGUGAGACGCAGGUGUUGAGCUGGAGCACCAGUCAGAGCAUCACAGACAGCAUCACCAACGCCAUCUGGGACUCAGAAAGUAACUACUCUGAGAUCAAGAAAGGAGUGAAUGUCUCUUAUCUGGACAUGCAGUACAGCAAAGCGGGGCUGGUGGUGUUGGCAGCGGCGUGGCAUCCGGGCAACACUCCAUGUGUGACGUAUUUCUGCCUGGUCACUCUUGCAGAAAGCACAGCGCCGUCCUCAGACCUGCUCACUGUGGAGGUCACCAAAUACAACCCACCCUUCCAGAGUGAGGAGGAGCUGCAGAAGACGCGUUUGGUGUUGCCUGAUCCGUGGAGUCCAGCGGCGUACCUCUAUAAUGAGGAGCUGGUGUUCACCUGCAGCACUGGAGCUGGACGCGGAGGACUCGCCGAGGAGAAGAUCUCCUUCAGCUCUCCAGGUGACCGUAUCCGAGGCGGUGGGGUGUGUGCCGGUCUGCCGGUGUUUUUCUCUCAGAACAGCGGGCUGGUUGCUGUUUUAGCGAGAGAAAGUGCUUCCCUGCUGCCUGAGACCAUGGAGGACUCGCUCUGCACCUCAGUGGCUGGACCUGGACCCGAGGGUACCCCAUUAGAGACACCACCUAAAAUAGACAUGGUGGCCCAGGAGGACAGAACUAAGCUGCUGAAGCAAGCGUUCCUGCAGUUCUGCCGUCAUGAUCUGGUAGGAACUCAGAGCAUGGUGGUCGAGCUCUUCCCCAGCGACGGAGAGGGAGGUGCAGAGCUGGAUGCCAUCGUGACCCAGAUUGACCUGGAUCUGGUGGAUGACUUCCCUGCAUGUGACCCACGCUGGGCCGAGUCUGUUCCUGACGAGGGUCACAUAUGUAUUUUUCUCUGCUUUAUCUCAUGUUUGUGUCUCCAGGUGUCUCAGAUCUCCUCCAUCUUUGAGUGUCUGUUGGAUGAGGAGGAAAAAGCUUUAAAAGAGCAUUCGGAUGCCGCCAGGUGGGCCGAGGUGGUGCUCAACGUCAAUGACAUUGUCAAGGAUAUGCUUCAAGCAGCAGCACAGUACCGAGAGACCAAAGCAUCUCUGUACAGAGCGCCAGAGAACUGCGGCCCGGAGCCAGAGUACAUCCCAUGGACAGCCUCAGGAGGAGCGGGUGGAGUCCGGACCGUCAUCACGCGGCAGCACGGGCUGAUCCUGCACGCGGCGUAUCCGCACGCAGACGUAGAGUUGCGCGCCGCACUGAGCGAGCAGCUGGUGGCGCUGUUGGACUCUCUGUUGAGCGGUUACGUGGCUCAGCUGACAUCUCUCCGCCGCGCCGGACAACAGGAGCGCUACGUCAUGCUGGAGAACGAGUACAUGCAGAAACGCUCGGAGCUGCUCGCGCCUCUCUUGGAGUUGGGUCAGCAUCAGUGGGUUGCGGCGCUGGCGGAGAAAUACUGUGACUUUGACAUAUUGGUGCAGUUGUGUGAGCGGACGGAUAACCAGAGUCGACUACAGCAGUACAUGGUCAAAUUCGCUGAUCAGAACUUCGCUGACUUCCUGUUCCGCUGGUACAUGGAGAAAGGCAAGAGAGGGAAGCUGCUGUCUCAGCCAAUAGCAACGCACCAGCAGCUGGCCAGUUUCCUGCAGGCUCACGAUCACCUCAGCUGGCUGCAUGACAUACAUGUGCAAGACUAUCAGAGAGCCCAUCGUACCCUGUACAGUCAGGCCAACACGGAGACUCGGUACUUCAGCAAGAAGAAAACCCUGCUGGCCCUCAGCAAACUCACAGCUCUGGCGUCAGACAUGCCUGAAGCCGUGCACCGCAGACAGCUCAACGAUAUAGUGGAGCAGGAGAGGUUUCUGCUUCAUCAGGAGACUCUUCCUAAACAGCUGCUGGACGAGAAGCAGCUGAACCCAGACAGCAUGCCUCUACUGAGCCCUCGUAACCUCAUUAAUCUGUACAUCUGCGAUGAGAACCGUGGAGCCAACGAGUACGACUUCAAGAAAGCUCUCGAUCUGCUGGAGUACUUGGAGGAGGAGGACGCGGUUGAUAUUGAUGCCCUAAAACGGGAGAUCUUCAGUAAAGCCUUGAAGAAAGACUGGAAGGAGAGUUGGGCAUCGUCUGAUGAUAAUGACGAUCCUCUAGAAGCAGCCAGAGACAGCACUUUCGUCAAGAUCCUACAGAAACUCAUCCAGGAAGGUGUUUCUCUGCAGUCGUACCUGCCUGACGUGAAGGAUCUUCUGCAGGAAGACGAGCUGGAGAGUCUCAAAUCAAAACCGUACUUUGAGUUCCUCCUGCGAGCCAAUUGGAUGUUUAUGACAAAUGACAAGCAGGUAGCAUUCAGUCCAUUAUAA